AUGGACCUCACACGCCAUGCCCUCCCCGACCCCGGUGUCAACAUUCCGACCGCACCAUUACGACUACGAGAUGUGGCGACAGCGACCACAGGGACGCAGACCGGGGUGGCCACCCCGAGCUCCACGAUUUCCCCCUACAGCACAGGCCUCAACGGCGUCAACCAGCCGGUCAACAUGCUACUUACUGAUAUCAUGUGGUGGAGUUUAGGCAUCGUUGGCUUGGUGAUGCUCCUCAUCAGGAUAGUUGAGUUGGCGUGGGCACAACUGCGGUUGGUAACGGCCAUGUCCCUGCCUGGGGAAAAGCAAGAGUUCUGGAAGCGAACACAGUGGAGGAAGAUGCCCGGCCUGAAAAGGGGACUCAUCUACGCGCCGCUGUGGAACAAACGACACAACCGCGAAAUUCGGAUUUCUAGCGCCGCCAAUAUGGGGACACUUCCUUCGAGAUUCCAUUCCCUUCUUCUGUUCGGCUACAUCGCCAGCAACAUCGCCUACAUGUUCAUCCUCGACUGGAGGCACGAAAAUAGGUUCGCGCUGUGUGCCGAAAUCCGCGGCCGCUCUGGAACGCUCUCAGUUGUGAACAUGGUGCCGCUCAUCAUCUUCGCCGGCCGCAACAAUCCCUUGAUCAACCUCCUUAACGUGAGCUUCGACACGUACAAUCUCCUGCACCGGUGGAUGGGCCGGAUUUCUAUCAUUGAAGUCAUCAUCCACUUCAUCGCCUGGGCGGUCGUUCAGGUGUCCUACGACGGAUGGGGCGGCGUUCAGCAGAAAAUUCUCGGCGACCGUUUCAUCGCAUCGGGUACCGUUGGGGUGGCGGCCAUGGUCAUCAUUCUGAUCACGGCAUUCUCUCCCGUCCGCCACGCCUUUUACGAGAGCUUCCUAAAUGCCCACAUCCUCUUGGCUCUGAUCGCCUUCGUCUGCACCUGGGUUCACUGCAUAUCGGCAACGGUCCCGGGAGGUCUUCCUCAGGGACCCUGGAUGCUAGCCAUCAUGUCCCUUUGGCUCGCCGAAAGAACCGCGCGCAUGUUCCGCCUCGCCUACGCCAACUGGUCCACCCGCGGCUUCACCGAGGCCAUCGUAGAAACGCUACCGGGCGAGGCCUGCCGCGUGACCAUGCGCCUUCCCCGUUUCGUCAAAAUCGACCCCGGCCAGCACGCCUACCUCCGGUUCGCGGGUGUCAACUGUUGGGAGAACCACCCAUUCUCCAUCGCGUGGUACGAGCACCGAUAUCGCGACGACGAGACCCUCCCCACCGCCGAAAAGGAAAAGCCCAAGCAGCCCCGCGAUGCGAUCGGCACGACCGUUUCCUUUAUCAUCGGCGCCCAAACCGGCUUCACUCGCAAACUUUACAACAAGGCCCUCCAGGCGCCGCAGGGGCGCGGCAUCUCGAUGCGCGCCGCCUUCGAGGGGCCGUACGCACUGGGUUUCAGCAUGGACAGCUACGGGCACGCCGUGCUUUUCGCGGGGGCUACGGGCAUCACGCAUCAAAUUAGCUACCUGCGCCACCUGAUCGAAGGGUACAACGCGGGCAUGGCGGCGACGCGGCGUGUGACGCUCGUCUGGAUUGUGCGCGACUACGAGGUGCUCGAGUGGGCGCGCCCUUAUAUGGACCAGAUCCUCCGGCUGCCGAACCGCAAGGAUAUCCUGCAGAUCCGGCUGUUCGUCACGCGGCCCAAGAACCCGAACCAGGUUAUCUCGAGCUCCGCCACCGUGCAGAUGUUUCCCGGCCGCCCCAACAUCCCCAUGCUACUUGCUAAGGAGGUUGGCGAGCAGAUGGGCGCCAUGUGCGUGUCUGUUUGCGGGCCGGGUGGGCUGGCUGAUGAUGUGCGGGAUGCGGUGCGCAAAGUGCAGGCGCAUAACACGGUGGUGGAUUUUGUGGAGGAGAGUUUUACGUGGUGA